UGGCUGUCAUAGGCAGGGUGGGGGGUGGUGGCAGGCUAUCCUGUGAGGCCCUUUGUGGGCUCCAAAGCUGUGCAAACAGCGGAGAUGUAGCUAACUCGCGUCCUCAGGGGUUGAUUUCUAUCAUCCCAUGGAUCGCAGGGCCCCAGGGCGAGGGCCCAGCCCUCAGUUUGGCCAGCUAAGGGCCCUGCGCACGCAGACCGCAUGGCCCCACCACAUGUCACCAAAUGCUGGGUCUGCUUGAAAACCCAAGGACACCCCCUGCCCCCCGUUUCCUCUGACCUUCUGUGAUUAGGCGUGGGCAUGUGGCUAAAGCCCCACCCUUGGCUCGGGGAACGCCAUGACCGAAGUGGGCUGGUGGAAGCUGACCUUCUUGCGGAAAAAGAAAUCCACACCCAAGGUGCUCUAUGAGAUCCCCGACACCUAUGCCCAAACAGAGGGCAGCGCAGAGCCCCCUGGGCCCGAGGGCGGAGGCCCCGACGGCAACUUUAAACGCCUGGAGAAGAUUGUGGACAAGAACACAAAGGGCAAGCAUGUCAAAGUCUCCAAUUCGGGCCGCUUCAAGGAGAAGAAGAAAGUCCGAGCCACGUUGGCAGAGAACCCCAACCUCUUUGAUGACAGGGAAGACAAAGGACAGUGA